GAACACUUGGCCCGAAAGGGACGACUAAUCAAUAUCGGCGCCACUUCUGGCUACACAACCGUCGGUUACGCUCCCAUCAAAAUAGACGACUUUAUUGUUAAACUUCACUACGGGGCCAAAACAGUGAUCGGCUUUUUAACAUUUGACUACAAAGACAAAUAUGAAGAAUACGCGCAACAAUUGUCUCAAUAUUACGAGAAUAAUAAACUUGAGAUUAAAGUAGAUUUCGGGGUUAAUGUUGGAGAAGGUCUCGAAGCCGUGUCCAAAGGGAUUAAGUAUCUUCACAGCGGAGCCAAUACUGGAAAGCUCAUGAGUGACGACAUGACCACCAAAAUGGAUGUGUCAGAGGAGACAACACCCGCCGACACGACUCCGAUGGCCACCGAUGAGCACAACUCGACCGAUGGUAAUUGUGAUGAUAGUAAUAAUGUGGUCAAUCAAACCAUACCAACAAUGUUGAGAUCAAUGAUUGUGAUCGUAUCGACAAUUCACGGCCUCCAGGAGGCGGUCGUUAUUUCGGGAGCCAUUACAACACAACUUGUCCUCAAACGGGCCGCUAAUGGUUUGUGUGUGAAUACCAAUGAAUGGAAAGGUCUUAUCGCUUGUUUGACAAAUGUGUCCAAUAUAUGGAAGCGAGUCAUUGAUAUCGACCAAACAGAUCGCCAAAGUUUGGGCAAUUUUGUGGUCUCUUUAGUGGACCUGUCAUUAGGAGGCGACCCAUUCCCCAGUCAUAUGGCGGCCAAAGCUGUCAAAUGUCUUAGCCAUGAGAAGAACAUAGAUAUGUAUCAAUUGUUUAUUGAAUAUCAAGUGGAGAUCAGUACACAUAUUCUCCGUUUGCUUGACAUUAAUGAUAAUUUCGACAAUUUGGGCGACACUCUCAAGAAUACAAUGUCUGUGUUUGGCAUUCAUAUACUUCCGCGCGAACUCAUCAAACAUAUUGUCCCGCAUUUUGUCCACAAAUGCAACCAAACGACCGAUAAAUUUGUCAGUGAAAUCGCGCGCAUCGACGACAAGGCUGUCUGCGAUAUCAUCAAAAUCUAUUUGAUUGAUAUCAUUGAGUAUCUCUUCUACUCCACCAACAGAAUCGACAAAUCGUUUGAAGAGAUCCAAAGUCGAAUCGAUCUCUUGAAACUCAUAUUGGAUUUCGAUAUAAAGCCCCGCAUUUAUGUCACUAUCUAUGAACUGAUGCAGUCAUCACUCAUGCGUUUGUCUACCGAUAGAGAGGCCACACUCGAGGCGAUCGCAUUUAUUCAAUACUAUCGGACCAAUCAAAGCGAUUCCAACUAUGAUUUGCAGCGUUUCUUCGACAACGAGUCAGAGCUGAGGGCAGUAUUGGUUGACUUCUUUCUGCCGUUUGUACACAAAUUUGAUUUAGUAAUUCAGGACAAUUCUGUGUCCACAAUAGACAAACUCAAGUGCACACAGAGUUUCAUUAGUCUAAUGGCUAUAAUGGGAAAAAGCCAUUUGAAUACAUAUCGAGUGAAACUCUUUUCGACCAUUAAAUUAAUAUUAAGCGAAAGAUUUCAUACGAAUAAACCGCAGAUGAAGUUGAAUAUGGAAGUGUUGAUGCAAUACAUUCAGAUGAUUGAGCCGUCGUAUUUGGCCCACCAGUUGUUGACGAUAUCGGCGCUCACUUUACCACUCAUACACCUCUGGCCGCAGGAGACGAAGAAAGUGUUUCGGGAACUCAUUGUGCGAAACAAAACCAAUGAGAACUUCAAGGAAGCUUUCAAACAUUUGUAUUUCAUUCCGGACUGCAAUGAACUGAAAGAAGUGACGGAUGUUCUCAAGCAAUACAUCACAUAUAGAGAUGCGGAGAAAGACAUCUUUUUGAACAUUACAUUUGUUGUCAAUAACAUUAACCACGAGAACAAUCGAGUCCAAGAGUUUUCGCUGCGGGAACUGUUGAAGCUAUUGACGAAACACCAGUCGUUGAUCUAUAAGAAGUGCAAUAAAGUGAAAGAAUUAAGUGUCGAUUACUUUGUCAACAAAAUUGUCGCCAAAUUAAUGGUGUGUAUGAAGUCUAACGAUGAGAAUGUGCUUCAAUUGGUGGCCCAGUGUUUGGGCGAAGAGAAGUUGGAAAAGUUUCUCAACGCAAACGAUCACGAAUUUAAGGUCAUUUUGAUCAGAAAUUUGUACCGAGCGGUCACUACAGCCACCAAAACCGGUGAUCAGAACUGCAUUUCGUUCACAUUGCAAGAGAUUGUUAAAGAUUUAAAGAGCGAUGGCUUUAAUUUGGACACUUUGCCCACAGAGCACAGGGAUUAUUGUCGUCUGUUGUGUAAAACCAAAUACAAAACCGUCAAAUCUAUUCCCAUCACAGACACAAUGACGCGCCAGAUAUUUGGCUCCGACCCCGAGCUUCAGUAUAACGUUUGGCUCAAUCUAUGGCUCCAAACACUGUUCCAGGCCUUCAUCUUCAAUCACGAACACGACUGCGAAAACAGUCAAUACAACGAAAAUCUGUCGCAGUUUUCUGGCCAAUGCUCUCAACGCUCGGAUCUCUUUGAGGCCGAAUUGGCCAAAGCGUUGACC